CCGCGCUACGGAGUCCAAAUUUGGUGGGUUUUGGCCCAGGAUAAGCCCGACGACCAAGCCGCUCCCGGGUAUAUUUUUUAUUCCUCCCUUUCGGCUAGGGCAGUUCGUUUCCAGGAGAAGUUGCUGCAGCUUUGCUAGGGUAUAUAUUGCAGCAGAAGCGCCUGGAAGAGGGUUUUAGGGCGUAAAAGAAGAAACGUAGCCGUAGAAGAGGGCUCUUUUUCGGGCGAACAAACUUUAUCUUCCUGAGAAAAUCUUUCCAAAGGUACGGAUUCACAGACUCCAUCCUUCUCACUCUCAGAUCCCCUCAACCAAACCCUAGUUCUUCUCCUUCUUCAUCACUGCCGGUUCGUCCCUCGCCGGAAGCUACUUCAGUUCCCCCGAUUCACUGUUCCUGUUCCUGUUGUUAUGAAUUCGUCUCCUGGUUGGUCUCGCUGACGAUUUGUUAUGUUGUUUGUUUUCACUGUGAUGUGUAGAUGGAUCGGUACCAGAGAGUUGAGAAGCCGAGAGCUGAGACUCCUAUCGAUGAGAACGAGAUUCGAAUUACUAGCCAGGGAAGGAUGCGCAGCUAUAUCUCCUACGCCAUGAGCCUGCUUCAAGUAUGGAUUCACCUUUUUCUCGUAUCAUGUUUUCAGUAUCAAGUCUAUUCUUCCAGUGUGACAUAUCGCUCGUUUCUGGUUUGGCUUCCCGCUCUGUUUUUGGCUGUUGUUACGGUAUACUGUUUGUGUUUUGGCUUCUGCGUGUUUGAAUAGGUGUUCCUUUGUUCGGAUUUGGAUGUGUAGUAGUUUGUAGUCUGAAGCGAUUACUGAGAAUGCGUGAACACAGGUUGCUCCAAAAUCAAGAUUUCUUAGGGUUUAGCUGUUUUGGAAGCCUAGAUUGUUAGGCUUAAUAAUGGUGUUCAGUGGACGAAUUAUAAUUUGAUGGCUGAGUGAGAGUCUGUCACCAACUUAGCCGUGCCAUUUGCAUCUGACAUAUGGGAUGGAGCUUUUAAUGAACGGGGAUGAUAAGAACCACCACUUUGGUAACUAAGCAUGGGAGGAGGGACUAACUUAACCAUGCUCAAUACUCUCUGCAGGAGAAAGGUGCAGAUGAAAUCGUAUUCAAGGCAAUGGGAAGAGCCAUCAAUAAGACCGUGACCAUAGUGGAGCUUAUCAAGGUUAGUUGUUCAGUUCCGGAGUUUUCUAAAUGCUAAGUUAUGCUGCAUGGUCUUGUCUAAGUUGGAGUAAGGAAUGAUGACAUGGCUUUUAUACCUGUAAUGCAGAGGAGGAUUGUUGGUCUUCAUCAAAUCACAUCGAUUGGGUCCACUGAUAUAACAGAUACAUGGGAGCCCCUUGAGGAAGGCCUCCUUCCGUAAGGACAUACUUUGAAUCAUGAAUGAGCUUUUUUCCCUCUGACCUUAAUGGUAUUUUACCUCUGACCGUGUAUCCUUGUCCAGUUUGGAGACUACAAGGCAUGUGUCAAUGAUCACAAUUACACUCUCCAAGAAGGAAUUGGAUACAACUUCUGUUGGGUAAGUUUUAAUUGAUUUUGAUCACAAAUUUUUUUCAAGUCUGUGACUUAUCUUUUAAAACUGUUGCCAGUUCUUCUAUGCCUUUCACAAUGAGUGCUUUGAUAUACUGUAAGUUUACCUGUGAAUCACAAUGUUUAUUGGUGUACACUUGCAAUUUUCUUAAUCCCUUUUAGGCCCGAAUCCAUUUUUUACCCUUGCAUAUUAUACACCGCGAUCUUCCUUGAAAUCUACAAGAAGAGGUUAUAGGAUCUGGGAUUAGGAAUUUGAUGCAUCAUUUAGUUGACAUGUUGCAGUUUGUAGUUGGAUUAUCUCCAAGCUAUAACAUUCUCCUAUUGUGUUGCUCAAAAAUGGUUCUUCACCUGAUUUGCUGCCCUCAGUAUUAUGAUUCUUCUCCUAGUUGGUCGGUCCGCCAGCGUAUGUUGCUACAACUCUUAUCUAUCUAUUCUUACGUACUGCUGUUCCAUUCAGGUAUCAGCCCCCACUACCUGAAGACCAGGUGAAAGCCUCCACAGAUUAUGAAUAUGAAGGAGGAGAGGGAUCUCCAAACGGCCGAGGCAGAGGUCGUGGUGGCAGAGGAAGGUCAAGGGGCAGAGGGAAUGGAUAUGUGUCCGUGGAAUACGAAGAUGGUGGUUGGGACCAGGGCGGCUAUGCCAGGGGCAGAGGUCGGGGUAGAGGACGUGGCGGAUUCCGUGGCCGUGGUAGAGGAGGCUAUAAUGGUCCUCCUCCCGAAGCCCAGCAGCAAGAUGGUGGCUUCUAUGAUGCUCCUCCUCGGGGCCGUGGGCGUGGUCGUGGUAGAGGAGGUUAUUAUAAUGGUCCUCCUCCCGAAGCUCAGCAGCAAGAUGGUGGCUUCUAUGAUGCUCCUCCUCAAGGCCGUGGGCGUGGCCGUGGUAGAGGAGGGUACCGUGGAAGGGGCCGUGGUGGAGGUAGAUCGAACGGACCGGCAAUCCAGGCUGCUGCAUGAUGAUGAGAUGUACGGUUUUCAACUGGGAUUCUUGUCCCUCUUGAAUCCAGUUUUCUUCUCGUGGCAAUGUUUUUAUCAGCUCGUUAUUAUCUGUUUUUUGUUCGUUGUUUCUGAAUUUUUGGGAUUCUAUUGUGCUUGUUGCCCAGUUUGGUCGCAAGUUAGAGAUUUCUAUGUUUAACUUUUAGGACAUUCUGUUCCCAUAUAUGUGUAACCACAGUUUAGACUAAUCCUUUGUAGUCUGAAAUUUGUUGUGUUUUAGGUCGUUUUAGAUUGUGGUUGAACAAAUAACUGUAACAAUCUCCCUUUUAAAGUUGUUACGUUGAGCAUUCUUUUAUUUUUCAUCAUCUCCUUUUGGUUUACCUGAAACCUUUUUGCCUGUACUCGAUUCGUGUGGUACCCCAAUGGCCUUUGGAACGAUGUGCUUAGUAAAAGCUAACAAAGCCUUCUCUCUUUGUAGAAGAUAAUGAAGCAUAUAAAUCAGU